UUCGAAACCCACCACCAUCCCAGCAAACACAAAUCGCGCACGCUCCCCAGUCCCCACACUCCCCAUCCAAUCCGCGCACACCAAGCCCCCAAUCUCGGCCGCCACUCGCUGACUAGCUGCUCCGGCAACAGUCCCCCCCGAGGUACGAGGGUGCGACCGCGGCAUGGACACGCUCCCAGAAGGCGUCGUGCAGCACAUCCUCUCGCAGCUCAGCAACGCCCGCGACGUGGCCGGCUGCGCCGCCGUCGCCCGCUGCUGGCGCGACUGUGUGGCCUUCCUUCCGUCGCUCUAUUUUCCGCGGGGCGCCUUUGAGGCCUUGGCCGGCGGACCGGCGUCGGCCGUGGCCUUCGCCGACGACGCCAUCGGUCGGAUGGUCGACGCCGCCGCGCGCCUCGAGGAGCUCGUCGUGUACUGCCCCUUCUCCGCGUCCCUGCUCCCGCACUGGCUCGCGGCGCGGGCCGCCACGCUGCGCGUGCUCGAGCUACGGAUGGACUCCGCCGCCGCUGACAAGUCGGGGCACCUGAAUCUCGAUUCUAUCGGGGUGGCCGCGGGCCUCGAGGAGCUCAGGCUGUGGGGGCUCACGAUGACGCGCGCCCCCGCGUGGGGCCGGAUGGAGCGGCUCCGCGUGCUGGAGAUCGUCAGCGCCAUCCUGGUAGACGCAGCGGUCAACGACGUCCUCGCCGCCUGCCCCAACCUCACCGACCUCUCGCUGCUCGGGUGCCAGUGCGACGGAGAGGCGGUCAUCUCGCUAGCCUCGCUCGAGCGGUGCCGGCUCGACUUCCUCGGCUCUGGCAACUCCUCUCUCAGGUUCGCCGCGCCCCGCGUCGAGUCCCUUGAGGUCCAGGGUUUCUCAUUUAUCUAUCUGCAAGGUGGCAACCGUCUCAAACAUCUCACAAUCUCCAAGAACACUGGUAGUGUGCAUCAUGUCGAGAUGGGGAAGCUCCCGGAGCUGGACCAGCUCUCGCUGCGCGGCGUCCAGUGGAGCUGGGGCGCCAUCAGCUCGGUGCUGCAGUGCGCUAGCGAGGUGAAGCACCUGGUGAUGAAGGUCGAAUUCUCCGGUGAUUAUGACACGCUGCAGCCGUUUCCGGAGAUCGACCUCGUCGAAUUCUUCAACAGCCACCCGAAGCUUCGCAAGUUCGAGGUCCACGGCGCCAUGUUCGCGGCGCUGAGUCAGGAAAACAGCCUGAAGAAUUUGGAUUCAAGGUUCGUGAUACCUUUCUUGGAGCAGGUCGUGGUCACCGUGCGGUCAUCUCUCAAUGCUAAGCAGAAGCUGAACACCCUCAAGUCCGUUGUCAGGUACAGCGUGAGGCUAAGAAGGAUGAUCAUUAGGAUCUCGCAGAUGAAGAAUUGCCAUGCUGCUGGAGAUGAUUUCUUUGAGGAGAUUUGCAAGUUCACUUACAUGAACAGUGGGACAGUGUGCAUAGAGUAGAGGUGUUGCUGCAUUUGCCAUUCUUGAAGUGAUUUAACACUAAAUCAAGGCAGUUUUUACCCAUGCUGUUUGCUUAGGACAGUUUACUGGAUAAUUCAUUGUUUGUUUUGUUGUUCACCGAGCUUGAAUGUAUCCUGCACUUCAGGCUUGAAAUCGUUUGGUUCUAUUUGUCACUAGUCUAAGUUUUGCGCCUGUUAACUGCACUGGUAAUAAGUGGCUUUGGUUUGUUGCUGUUCUUUGAUCCAAGCAAUUUUUCCCAUUUGGUACAAUCUAGUUUGAUAUAAUAAGAAAUAUAUAGUUGAUUGUUGCCCU